AUGAAAACCUCAAGAUAUUCUGCAUCUCGACAAAAAUCAUGCUACCAAUGCUCAAUCUCAAAGGCAAAAUGCGAUCGCCAGGCUCCUUGCGCAAGAUGCGCUAAACGAGGCCUCUCGUGUGUCUAUCCCAAAGCACCCUCUGGCUCUGGUGAAUUCUCUAGUAGCCAAGCGCAGGAUGAUAAUGAUUUGACCGAGAGUUCUCUCAACUUUGGGUACCUAGACUUGGUCUGUCCCAUCAAUGUGGAGGACAUUAGCAAUCGCUGGCUCAAUCCCUACAUUCCCGGUCCUGAGCAAACGUUAAAGUCUUACCCCGUCACGGUCACCAAGUAUAUUUGGAGUAUACUGAACUCGUAUGCUGCCAGUGCAACUCGUGGACGCGGUAUACCACCAUUCAUCCACCCGGCGCAAUUGAGCGACCAAAAAGCAAGUUUACCUCUGAAUACUUGCUUGAGUCUAAUCUGCAUGAGCGAGCAUCCCUUGCCCGGGACCGAAAGUGCUGCUGCUCUCAUUCUGCAACGAGAAAUGGAGAGUAUAGCCGCAACUCGGGAAAAGUACGAUGAUAUGGCGCUUCUAGCCGCUUAUCAAGCAUAUCUCGUAUAUGCCCUGGUGUUGUUCUUCCGGCUGAAUCAAGGCUCGAGUGCUUUCUUUCGCCAAGCAAUGAUGACACUACAAGAGCUAGCGUGCUCUACAUCUCGUCGAGGCCUUGUGUGCGCAGCCGAUCGACAUCAUGCGCGUCCUCAAUGGGAAGAGUGGAUUGUCACUGAAUCGAAGAGACGUACACUCUACGUGAUGUAUCUUUUCGAUAGCAUACUCUCCUCACAGGAGAACCUCCCCACAUUUCUGGGUACGGAGUUACGAGGACUUCCCGCUCCGGCAAACAAACUCUUGUGGCAGGCCCAGGGGCGAAAGCAGUGGGAGACGGAGUACAAUGUUUUUCUGACGGAGUGGACGAAGCAAUAUCUGACUAUUGACGAACUUUGGUCCAUGCCACCAGGACUAACUGAUACUGACAUUGCCGAAAGACGAGAUAGAGUCAAUAGAUGGCUUGAAAACAUGGACGAAUUCGGAACAAUGCUCUUUGCAGUUACGAGUUGCACGCAUGGUUGA